AUGCCUCAAGCCUUCAACCUUGCUAUAAGCGACGAUAUCCCCCAACCCACCCUCCGCCUUCAAAUCAACGACCUUCGCCAUCCAGCCUCGAAAGCUUUCCUAACCCUCCUCCCCGACCUAAACUCCACACUCACAACCGCCCUCUCCACCAUAAUCCAGCACCUCUACACACCCCCCUCACACCCUCACCACGACCAACAAACACCAACAUUCACCCCCUCCCCACCCCCAACCCGCUCCGUAACGCUCUUCCUCCGCGCCAUCGACGGCGUAGCCUACACAACCGGCACGGAGCUCGACAACGACCACAAAGAAAUCCACCUGUCCCUCUCCUACAUUCGAACCAUUACCACCAAUAGCAAUCCCAAUCCCACCGCCGAACUAACCGGCGUCCUCACCCACGAGCUCGUCCACUGCUACCAGCACACCGCGCCCCCAGACUCCACUACUACCCCACCACCCCCAGGCGGCCUUAUCGAGGGCAUCGCGGAUUUCGUGCGCCUCAAGGCAGGUCUAGAACCGCCGCAUUGGAAGCGCCCUGCGUCGGCGAAGGAGAGAGCGAGCAAGUGGGACCAGGGAUAUCAGCAUACAGCGUACUUCUUGGCUUGGUUGGAGGAUGUUAAGAUUGGACGGGGGGCGGUCGGGAUGCUGAAUGACCGGUUGUUGAGGGUGGGGUAUGGGAAUGGGUUCUGGGAGGGCCUUUUUGGGAUGGGGGUUUUGGAGCUUUGGGAGGAGUAUGGAGCGUGGUUGGAUCGGGGGGGAGUAGGGGAUGGUACUACGGGUGGGUGCUGGGAGGAUGAGAUUGUUGAUCGGGUAUGA